GAGUCAGAAGAUUAUCUCCCUCUGUGGUCGUCCACUUUCUACACAGAACACAUCUAUGAAAUAGUACCAAGAGACACACGAGCCAUCAAAAUCAUCAAGCUUCGGAAUGGGCAGGCACAGAGUGGUUCUUCUUGGAAGUGCUGGAUCUCCUGGUUGUAAAAGGUUUGUCCAUCUAGGUUUCUUUGUUGUGGCAGUGAGCUCACUUCUCAGCGCCUCUUCUGUCACUAAUGCUCCUGGAGGAAUGAAAAAGGAACUGAGACUGGUUGGUGGUGAAAACAACUGUAGUGGGAGAGUGGAAAUUAAGAUCCAUGACAAGUGGGGCAUAGUGUGCAAUAACGGCUGGAGCAUGAAGGAGGUGUCCGUGGUUUGCCAGCAGCUGGGAUGCCCGACUUCUAUUAAAGCCCUUGGAGGGGCUAACUACAGCACCAGCUCUGGAGACAUCUGGAUGGACAAGGUUUCUUGUACAGGAAAUGAGUCAGCUCUUUGGGACUGCAAACAUGAGGGGUGGGGAAAGCAUAACUGUACCCAUGAACAAGGUGCUAGUGUGACCUGCUCAGAUGGAUCUAAUUUGGAGAUGAGACUGGUAAACAGCGGGAACCACCGGUGUUUAGGAAGAGUAGAAAUAAAGUUCCAAGGAAAGUGGGGGACAGUGUGUGACGACAACUUCAGCAAAGUUCACGCUUCUGUGAUUUGUAAACAACUCGGAUGUGGAAGUGCCAUUAGUUUCUCUGGCUCAGCUAAAUUAGGAGCUGGUUCUGGACCAAUCUGGCUUGAUGAUCUGGUAUGCAAUGGAAAUGAGUCAGCUCUCUGGGACUGCAAACACCGGGAAUGGGGAAAGCAUAACUGUGACCAUGCUGAGGAUGUCGGUGUGAUUUGCUUAGAGGGAGCAGAUCUAAGUCUGAGACUGGUGGAUGGAGCGUCCAGAUGUUCAGGAAGAUUGGAAGUGAGAUUCCAAGGAGAAUGGGGGACGGUGUGUGAUGACAGCUGGGAUCGCCGCGAUGCUUCUGUGGUGUGCAAGCAACUGGGAUGCCCAACUGCGAUCACUGCCAUUGGUCGAGUUAAUGCCAGUGAGGGAUCUGGACCGAUUUGGCUUGAUAACAUUGCCUGUGAAGGACAUGAGCCAGCUCUUUGGGAGUGUAAACACCAAGAAUGGGGAAAACAUUACUGUAAUCACAAAGAAGAUGCUGGCGUGACGUGUUCUGAUGGAGCAGAUCUGGAACUUAGACUUGUAGGUGGAGACAGUCGCUGCGCUGGGACCGUGGAGGUGGAGAUCCAGAAGCUCACUGGGAAGAUGUGCAGUCGAGGCUGGACACUGGCAGAUGCGAAUGUGGUCUGCAGACAGCUUGGAUGUGGAUCUGCACUUCAAACACAGGCUAAGAUCUACUCUAAAACCGGGGCAACAAAUACGUGGCUCUUUCCUGGAUCUUGUAGUGGAAAUGAAACUUCUCUUUGGCAAUGCAGAAACUGGCAGUGGGGUGGCCUUUCCUGUGAUCAUUUCGAAGAAGCCCAAGUCACCUGCUCAGGCCACAGGGAACCCAGACUGGUUGGAGGAGAAGUCCCAUGCUCCGGUCGUGUGGAAGUGAAACACGGAGACGUGUGGGGCUCCAUCUGUGAUUUUGACUUGUCUCUGGAAGCUGCCAGCGUGGUGUGCAGGGAAUUACAAUGUGGAACAGUCGUCUCUAUCCUAGGGGGAGCACAUUUUGGAGAAGGAAGUGGACAGAUCUGGGGUGAAGAAUUCCAGUGUAGUGGGGAUGAGUCCCACCUUUCGCUGUGCUCAGUGGCGCCCCCACUAGACAGAACUUGUAGCCACAGCAGGGAUGUCAGCAUAGUCUGCUCACGAUACAUAGAUAUCCGUCUGGCAGAUGGCAAGUCCUCCUGUGAGGGAAGAGUGGAGCUCAACACGCUCGGAGCCUGGGGUCCCCUCUGCGGCAAUCAUUGGGACAUGGAAGAUGCUCAUGUCUUAUGUCAGCAGCUCAAGUGUGGAGUUGCCCAUUCUAUUCCAGGAGGAGCACAUUUUGGGAAAGGAGCUGGUCAGGUCUGGAGGCACAUGUUCCACUGCACUGGAACUGAGCAGCAUAUAGGGGAUUGCCCCAUGACGGCUCUGGGUGCACCGACAUGUUCCAAAGGACAGGUGGCCUCUGUAAUAUGCUCAGGAAACCAAUCCCAGACACUGUUGCCGUGUAGUUCAUUGUCUCCGGUUCAAACAACAAGCUCUACCAUUCCAAAGGAGAGUGACAUUCCCUGCAUAGCAAGUGGCCAACUUCGCUUGGUAGGUGGAGGUGGUCGCUGUGCUGGGAGAGUGGAGGUCUACCACGAGGGCUCUUGGGGCACCAUCUGUGAUGACAACUGGGAUCUGACUGAUGCCAGUGUGGUGUGCAAGCAGCUGGACUGUGGUGUGGCUAUUAACGCCACUGGUUCUGCUUACUUCGGGGAAGGAACAGGGGCUAUCUGGCUAGACGAAGUCAUCUGCACUGGGAAAGAGUCUCAUAUUUGGCAGUGCCAUUCACAUGGCUGGGGACGUCAUAACUGCAGGCACAAGGAAGAUGCAGGCGUUAUCUGCUCAGAGUUCAUGUCUCUGAGGCUGACCAAUGAAGCCCAUGAAGAGACCUGUACAGGUCACCUAGAAGUGUUUUACAACGGUACAUGGGGCAGUAUUGGCAGCAGCAAUAUGUCUCCAACCACUGUGGGGGUGGUGUGCCGUCAGCUGGGCUGUGCAGACAACGGGACGGUGAGAUCUACAUCUUCAGACAACACGCCAUCCAGGCCCAUGUGGGUAGAUAGUGUGCAGUGUCCAAAAGGAGUUGACACUUUGUGGCAGUGCCCCUCGUCACCUUGGAAACAGAAACAGGCCAGCCCCUCCCAGGAGUCUUGGAUUGUCUGUGACAACAAAAUAAGACUACAGGAAGGGCCUACAGACUGUUCUGGACGUGUGGAGAUCUGGCACAGAGGUUCCUGGGGAACAGUGUGUGAUGACUCCUGGGACCUUAAUGAUGCUCAGGUUGUUUGCAAGCAACUGGGCUGUGGCCAAGCUGUGAAGGCACUAAAGGAAGCAGCCUUCGGUCCAGGAACUGGGCCCAUAUGGCUCAAUGAAGUGAAGUGUAGAGGGAAUGAGUCUUCCCUGUGGGAUUGUCCUGCCAGACCGUGGAGUCACAGCGACUGUGGGCACAAAGAAGACGCUUCCAUGGAGUGCCUCCCAAGAAUGACUUCAGAAUCACAUCAUGGCACAGGUCACCCCACCCUCACUGCACUCUUGGUUUGUGGAGCCAUUCUAUUGGUCUUCCUCAUUGCCUUCCUCCUGUGGACUCUGAAGCAACGACAGAUUCAACGGCUUACAGUUUUCUCAAGAGGAGAGGUCUUGAUACAUCAAGUUCAGUACCAAGAGAUGGAUUCGAAGGCGGAUGACCUGGACUUGCUGAAAUCCUCGGAAAAUUCCAAUGAUUCGUAUGAUUUUAAUGCUGAUGGACUAACGUCUUUGUCUAAAUAUCUUCCUAUUUCUGGAAUAAAAAAGGGGCCAUUCAGAGGCACACUGAAAAGGAAAACAAUCAUUUAUAAUCCACUGAGGUUGGCAUUUAAGAAACCUUCACAUGACAGCCAGCUCAAUGGAACAAGAGCCCGGUCCACACAGAGAUAACCACAGCUGCAUCUCCAUGCUGCUCUGUUUCCUGGAACUCGGCUGAACCUGCAGACACCACACUUGUGAAUGUGACCGCUUAAUAGAGAUGGGAGUCUUUUGAGGGAAUUAAAUAAACAAUAUUGCUAUUACAUGG